AUCAGAUUUCGCUCGCGGUCCCUCACUUCAGCCAUGGUCGUCAAAAUCCGCCUCGCCCGAUUUGGGCGCCGAAACUCCCCCUUCUACAACAUUGUCGUAGCUCAUGCUCGUACUGCGCGCAACUCUCGUCCUCUCGAGGUCAUCGGCACAUACGACCCCAUUCCGAAGCCCGACCCCUAUGACAACUCUGGCAAGCUACACAAGGACAUCAAGCUCGACUCGCAGCGUGCAAAGUACUGGAUUGGUGUCGGCGCUCAGCCCACGGAUACGGCGUGGCGGUUACUGUCCAUGGUGGGAAUCCUGCCAAAGAAGCACUUUGCUCCAAAAGAAAGCGAGACCAAGGGUAGCGUUAAUGCUGGCGACGUGAAGAUUCGGUAAAAGUCUACGGAGGGGGUGAUCAAAAGCGACUGUGGAAAAUAUGGAUGUGCGGCUGAUUGUAUAUGUAUGAUAUGUGUUUUGGGCAUUUCAAUGGCGUCAGGUAUGGAUUUUAUAGAGGGACAAAUACCAUAACGAGUGUAUUAUA